UUUCAACUCUCAACAUCAGCAUAUUUACUCCUAACCUUUGAGAAGCAAGCUGUCAGUCUGGAAAAGCUCAAAGAUGACAAACUAUGCAUUGAAACUUGAACUUCCAUGGGUUGAGAAGUACAGACCACAUCUGCUGAAGGACGUUGUGGGAAACACCGAAACCAUUGAACGUCUUCAACUCAUCGCCAAAGAGGGUAACAUGCCACACCUCAUCAUAUCAGGACUGCCAGGUAUUGGUAAAACCACCUCGAUCCAUUGCUUGGCCCAUGAAUUGCUGGGAGAUGCCUAUAACAAUGCGGUUCUCGAGUUGAACGCUUCAGACGACCGUGGUAUCGACGUUGUUCGUAACAAAAUCAAACAGUUUGCACAGAAGAAGGUCCAGCUACCAAAGGGCAGACAUAAAAUCAUCAUAUUGGAUGAAGCAGAUUCCAUGACACCAGGAGCACAACAAGCGUUGAGACGUACAAUGGAGAUAUACUCCAAUACAACACGUUUCGCAUUUGCAUGCAAUCAGAGUAAUAAGAUCAUUGAACCUCUUCAAUCCCGUUGUGCCAUCUUGAGAUACGGUAAAUUGGCAGACGAAGAAGUUUUGAAGAGACUUUUAGAAAUCAUCAAGAAGGAAGACGUGAAGUACUCCAAUGAUGGCCUGGAGGCCUUGAUAUUUACCGCAGAAGGUGAUAUGAGACAGGCCAUAAAUAACCUACAGUCCACAGUUGCUGGGUUUGGGUUUGUCAAUGGGGAAAAUGUAUUCAAGAUUGUCGACUCACCACACCCAUUGGUGAUUAAAAAGAUGAUAUUGAGUAGUGUUGAAGGUGACAUUGACACUGCGUUGGAAUAUUUGAAGACUCUAUGGGAUAAAGGUUACUCUGCAAUUGAUAUCGCUUCAACGAGCUUCAAAGUUACUAAAAAUUUGACAACACUCUCAGAGGCAAAGAGACUCGACGUUAUGAAGGAGAUUGGUGUUACACACAUGAGGGUACUAGAAGGUGUUGGAUCUUUUUUACAACUGAGCGCACUCAUAGCGAGAAUUUCCUACUUGAAGUAAUCUUCAUAAGUUCAUUUUUUAUAAUCGCGUAUACUGUUGUUAAUAGUUUG